GCAGCCGCCUGAGCCGGGAGAGAGGGGGGCCGUCACUUCGGAGUUGGGGCUGAGCAAUCCUCGGGGAGCGCGCGCCGAGACCGCUGCAGCCGCCGGCCGAGUUAAACUCAUCCACAGUAAUGGCUGCGGCCUUACCCAGGACCCUGGGGGAGUUACAGCUAUAUAGGAUAUUGCAAAAAGCCAAUCUACUUUCUUAUUUUGAUGCUUUUAUCCAACAAGGUGGUGAUGAUGUUCAGCAACUUUGUGAAGCUGGAGAAGAGGAAUUUUUGGAAAUCAUGGCACUCGUGGGCAUGGCUAGUAAGCCACUUCAUGUUAGAAGGCUGCAGAAGGCUUUGAGAGACUGGGUUACAAACCCUGGUCUUUUCAAUCAGCCACUGAUCCUUCCUGUCAGCAGCAUACCUAUCUAUAAAUUACCAGAGGGAUCACCAACAUGGCUGGGAAUAUCCUGCAGUAGCUAUGAAAGGAGUAGUAAUGCCCGGGAACCUCACUUAAAAAUCCCCAAAUGUGCUGCCACCACUUGUGUGCAGAGCUUGGGACAGGGGAAAUCAGAUAUGGUAGGGAGCUUAGCAAUGCAAAGUGUCAGUGAGUCCAGACUCUGGCAAGGACACCAUGCUACUGAGAGUGAGCACAGUCUUUCCCCAGCAGACCUUGGCUCCCCAGCUUCCCCAAAAGAAAGCAGUGAGGCACUGGAUGCUGCUGCUGCACUCUCUGUUGCUGAGUGUGUGGAGAGAAUGGCCCCCUCACUGCCAAAAAGUGACUUGAGCGAAGUCAAAGAGCUGCUAAAAACCAACAAGAAGUUGGCCAAAAUGAUUGGUCAUAUCUUUGAGAUGAGUGAUGAUGAUCCACACAAAGAGGAAGAAAUUCGAAAAUACAGUGCAAUAUAUGGCAGAUUUGACUCAAAGAGAAAGGAUGGGAAACAUCUCACACUUCAUGAGCUCACUGUAAAUGAAGCAGCUGCUCAGCUGUGUGUGAAGGAUAAUGCCCUGCUGACAAGAAGAGAUGAACUUUUUGCCUUGGCUAGGCAGAUUUCUCGAGAAGUCACCUAUAAAUAUACUUACAGAACCACCAAGUCAAAAUGUGGUGAAAGAGAUGAAUUAUCUCCAAAGAGAAUUAAAGUGGAGGAUGCUUUUCCAGAUUUCCAGGAUUCUGUGCAAACACUCUUCCAGCAGGCCAGAGCUAAAAGUGAAGAACUUGUAGCUCUUAGUUCACAGCAGCCUGAAAAGGUGAUGGCAAAGCAGAUGGAGUUCCUCUGCGCCCAAGCUGGCUAUGAGAGACUGCAGCAUGAGAGAAGACUGUCUGCAGGGCUUUACAGGCAAAGCUCAGAAGAGCACAGCCCCAAUGGCCUCCCUUCUGAUAGCUCAGAGGGACAAGGAGAAAGACCUUUGAAUCUCCGAAUGCCCAAUUUACAGAACAGACAACCCCAUCAUUUUGUGGUGGAUGGGGAGCUGAGUAGACUUUACUCCAGUGAGGCGAAGUCCCACUCGUCAGAGAGCCUUGGGAUUUUAAAAGACUACCCUCAUUCUGCUUUUACGUUUGAAAAGAAAGUCAUCAAAACAGAACCUGAAGAUUCAAGAUAGCUGUGAUUCCCCUCCCACUGUUCUCUGAAAUGGCAUCAGAUUUAAGGAUAAUGCUCCAUCAUAGACUUAAGCCUUAAUAACCAAUGUUGCCUCAUUCAGCUCAAACAAAUUUCAUAGCCAAAGCAUAAGGACUCAUACAGUAGUCUGUGAAAACCAGGAAGACAAAACAAUAGCCACAAAAAAGAAAAAUCAAGAGAGCGCUACAAUCUGUAACAAAUACUGAUCUAUUCACAUUCCUGUGUAAGUUGUUUUAUGUGGAAAAGGCUUACAAGUUAAUAUCGUAAGCACUCAUUAUUUAAGAAUGUACAAUGUAUGUGUGUAAUUUAUAGAAGUAAAAUCUAGAUGUUGAGACCUGUUCUAAUAGAUGUUGAUAUAGUUUAUUUUACUUGAAAUUUUGUUGUCUGUGUGUAUGUAGCAUAAAUAUUACUAUAUGUUUGAUUUUAUAAUCUUUGCAUUCAUAAAAAAGAAAGCUUGAGUGAUAUUAUUGGUAAGGUUGCAAUGACUAUAGAAAAUUGGAAAGCAAAUACUCAAUUUAAGCCAAGGAAAAUAUUCUGUAUUUAACACUUGAUAAAACUGAUUAACAGGUAAUGUGUAGCAUUCAUUGAAUACUGUCAUUUUCACUCUUUUAAUCAGUGCAUAAUUAAUAAAUAUUGGAGAAAGCGAAAAGGAUGAGAAGUAGAAUAGAAAAUAUCUCUUACCUAGAUACCAACGAUUGUACUGUAUGAGAGCUACUUAUAAUGUAACAAAGGUAGGAAGCUGUUAUGUGGACAGAGAACUUGAAACACGUUAACUAAUGUGUAAAAGCCUUGAUACUUCAGAAUGUGUUAAAUUGAUUAACUGACAUAGUUAACCAUAAAUGUGAUAAAGAUGGUGACUUAACAAAGGCUAUAAUAGAUUAAGUAUGUUUUAUAUCUAGAAAUUUUUCUCCAUGUACAGGAGUCAGAGAGACUGGGAUGGCUCUCACUGGGGAAUGUCUUCCCACCCAGCCAUCACAAGUGUGGAUAAGUGUUGCACCCACAUUUGCAAGGAGAUUCCUAUGAAGUUUAGUUGACAGCUAUACCGAUUAUUUAUUCUACAAUUUCAUUUCUUACACCUUUCAGAUUUUCAAAUGCAGGGUUUUUUUGUAAAAUUCAUUUUAAUUUGAAAGUAUGUUUUUAAUUCUCCCUAUUUAAUUAAUUGACACAUACAUACAUAUAUAUGGUGUGUAGGAAAAUGUUAAUGUACUGACAUACUUAAGAGAAUUUCACAUUGGUUAAAAAAAGUCCAAUGUACCUUUUUUCUGCUGGUUAAAGAGAAAAUAUUUGACACUUCCUACUUCCUACAAAUUCAUCUAAAUGCAGAUAUUGUCAAGAAUAGCAUAUUGACAUGGAGUUUGUGUCUUUUUGUUUUUAGUUCUGCUUUAGAUCAUAACUGUGUAAUAAAUACUAAGUCAUAAUCUGUUAGUCUAAAAUUUGUCAGCCAAAUGUUAGAUGAAAUGUCUUCACUGUUGUCUCUAAUCACUGUCACAUAUGUAAUUACUUUUUCAUUUUGAUGUGUAGAAGAGCUUUACAGUAGAAACACCAGUAAACAACUUUUAUACUAUUAAAAGGCUUUUUACCCUUCCUAAUGAUUUAAUUGUACCAUAAUAUUUUGCCCACUGAAAAAGCUUCUUACAGACCUUGCAACUUUGUUGCUAGCUUGAGGUUGAUUGUUGUGGUUGUAUUGUUCACUGUCUGUAGAACUAGUAUGAGUAUGAUUUAAAUAGAAUGUUCAGUUUUUAAUAUUAGCCAUAGCACUGGUUAGUAUCUCAGUAGUUUCAUGAAACGU